GGAGAAAGCAAAUUGUCAUCAUAACAGCGAAGCCUCCUUAACACAAGUAAGCUAUGUCAUCCGUCAUGGAAAAGUUGGAUAAACUGAAAAAAUGUGGUGACGGUGAAAUUCAGAAAAUGAGCAACAUACCCAAAAACGAAAAGUUCGAAGUGCUGGACAUUCAGAAAAUUGACACUAUGUAUGGCGAGGCCGUAUACGUGGAGCUCCGCAUGGAAAACGACAAGCCAGUGAAAGUGUAUCUACCUGGACGCUUCAAAAAAUUGUCGGAGGAAGAGCUAGAGGAAAUGCGACUGCUUCCAAAUCUCAAAAUGGAGAAGAAAGAACGGUUUACCAAAGAUGGUAAAAAAGUCAUUUCGCCAGAUAUUAUCUUCACCAAUUCGAAGAGAAAGUGAUGAGAUAUGGUGACAUGUAGAACCUUCUAUCACUCAAGUGACUGCUGAAAUAGCACAAAAUUUGGAAAACCUCGAAGUAGAAGGUUCAGGUUUUUUUCUCUUUCGCAUUCAUGCCUGUAUCAUGAACAUUGGACGUUUGAUGCCUCAACUGAUUGGAUGUGCCCAGUUUGAGUUACCGCAAGAAUUGAAGCAUAAGUUUCGUUCUCUGUUGUGUGUGGACUUUGGUUUGCAUGAAGAUGAGCAGAACAUGUGUUUUGCCUUCUCUGUAAUAGCUGCACUGCAUCCUGCUACUGGUUAUCGCAGGCGUAGGGCAUCUUCGUACAGACCAUAUAUUUCUGAGUAUGUUUUUCCGAAAACAUUCCCGGUAGCUUUCCCAAAAGAGGUUGAAGCAUUCGAAAAAAAUAAUGGUAUCAGUAUCAAUGUGUACGCCUACGAAAGGGAAGACAAAUCUCUGUACCCCAUCAAGGUUGUCGAUGACGAGCGUGAGAAACAUGUGGAUCUGUUGCUAAUCGACUCUCAUUUUCUGCUUAUCACAAAUUUUAAUGGAUUAUUUCAACCUAGCGGACGGUUUCAUUGCAAGAGGUGUAUGAUGGGCUUCUCAUCAGACAGAAUCCUCAGUGAUCAUUUAAAGAUGUGUUUGCAUCAGAAGGUUGCUAAGACAAUUUACCCUAAGAAGGGAGAGACGGUAGCAUUUGCCGGGGAACAUCUCAUGUCGGAAGUCCCUUUCUACUGUGUAUAUGAUUUUGAAAGUGUUUUGUCACCUUGUUUGGAGGAAACAAACGUGUAUGAGGAUCACUGUCCUUCCUCAUUUUGCCUUUUGGUUAUACGUGCAUCCGACUCACACGUGUUGCAAAAGCAUCUUUUCCGUGGUCCUAAUUGUGUCACAGUAUUUAUGGAGCUGCUGCGGAAAUUGCAUGACGAAAUUUUAGGAUGGAUACAUGCUUUUGCACCUCUAGAAAUGACUGAAGAGAAUGAGCGUCAACAUACAGCAGCCACUCAUUGUAAUAUCUGCAAAGAAUCCUUUGCUAAAAGACAAAAAGUUCGAGACCAUGACCAUGUAAGCGGAGAAUUUCGACAAACACUAUGUCAGACGUGUAACCUGAAACUGAGAGUGCCACCCAAGAUUCCAAUCAUUGCACAUAAUGCUAACUAUGACAUGAGUUUUCUCCUGUCUCAUUUACAUCUGCUUAAGAAGUCAGACAUCAACGUGAUUGCCACCAGCUGUCAAAAAUUUAAAGCAAUUGACAUCGGCUCUUAUCGAUUCUUGGACAGUUUGAGUUUUCUGAACGCAAGCCUUGAAACACUGGUGAAAAAUCUACGUGAUAAAGGUGAAUCCAACUUUCAAUGCCUUCGCCAGUUUUUUCCAAAUGAGGAACACUUUCAGCUGGUUGUUCGUAAGGGGGUCUUCUGUUAUAACUUUGUCACCAGUUUUGAAGCCUAUGAUGAGCCUUCGCUACCACCUCGAGAUAAGUUCUUUAACAUUUUGAAUGGAACCGAAGUAAGUGAACAAGACUACAACCACGCGCAGAAUGUGUAUGAAAAAUUUCGGCUCAAGAGUCUUGGAGAGUAUUCGGACUUAUACCUUCUGACAGACACACUGCUUUUAGCAGAUGUGUUUCAGAACUUUCGAAAGUGGACACUCGAUGUGCACAAGAUUGAACCGUUUCAUUUUGUAUCCCUUCCAGGAUUAAGCAUGUCUUGUGCACUAAAAAUGAGUCAGGUAGAACUAGAACUAAUUAACGACCCCAACGCGUACCUGCUCAUCGAGAAUGGCUUACGAGGAGGUGUCACACAGUGCUCCCUGAGAAAAGCAACUGCGAAUGUGCCAGGAACAGAACAGUUUGAUCCCGAAAAAGAAAAAAAAAUAAUUAACUACAUUGAUGUAAAUGGCCUGUAUGGAGCAGUCAUGAGAGAACCAUUGCCUUACGGAGGAUUUGAGUGGCUCACUGAGGAGGAAAUUGUUAACUUGGAUAUAGCUCAGAUACGAGAUGAUAGCCCUGUGGGUUACUUUCUUGAGGUAGACCUAGUGUAUGACCGAGCAACUCAUGAACGCCACAGAGAUCUUCCCGUUGCCCCUGAAAAAAUGUCCGUUCGUUAUGAGCUAUUGUCAGACUAUCAGAAGGCGCUCAUGAAGAAGUUCAAUCUUCCACAGAAAGCUACCGAAGCAAAACUGUUGCUAACAUUAUUUGAUAAAGAGAGGUACUUUCUCCACUAUCGCAAUUUGCAACUGUAUCUGCAAUUGGGGUUGCGUCUCACUAAAGUUCACAGGGUUCUCAAGUUCAAUCAAAAGCCCUUUCUGCGAUCCUAUGUCGACUUCAAUCACGAACUUCGGAAGCGAGCUACAAACGCAUUUGAGAAACAGCAAUCAAAGCUAAUGAUUAAUAGUGUAUAUGGCAGGACAUGUAUGCAAGUCAGGAAAUUCGUAAAUUGUCGCCUCACAGUAACAGAUGAGCAAGUGUUGAAGCUUCUACGUAAACCAAACUUGAAACAGUUCCGCCCUCUGAGCUCUCACGUCAUCUUGUUCCAAUUUAGUCAGUCUGUUCUUCGCAUGAAGCAACCGCUGUACCUGGGCUUCACAAUAUUGGAAUUGUCUAAGCUGAAGAUGUUUGAUUUUUAUCAUAACCAUCUUCUCCGUGUAGCCCCUGAUACACGACUGCUAUACAUGGACACUGAUUCUUACAUUGUGAUGCUGAGUGACGAUAAAGUACUCCACGAACUAGCUGACGAGCAUCUAGACAACUCUGGAUAUGACCCUGAUCACCCACUCUAUUCGACAAAAAACAGGAUGGUACUAGGAAAGUUUAAAAAUGAGCUUCCUCGUGAUCACAUUCUUGGCUUCUGUUGUCUGAAGCCAAAGCUGUACGCCCUCGAUCUGUGCAGCAAAAAGCAGUACAAUCGCGCUAAGGGUGUUAAACAAUGUGAAGCACAAAAACUCCACUUCUCUAUGUAUACGAAUGCUCUCGAGCAGGGCACAAUGCAUAAAGUUAAACAGAACCUCAUUGUGCACAAGGACAAUGUCAACAAAAGUGUGUCAGUGACAAAAAUAGCCCUCAAUCCACUGGAUACGAAACGCUUCAUUUGUGGUGAUGGAAUUGACACGCUACCUUUUGGCUAUGGUUGAAUUUUUUUAAUGUGUACGGAUUGGUCUCUCUAAUGAAGCGAUGGUGUUGGGGUGUGCACCGUCACGAGGUUUCAUUACAGAGUUGGCAUACGGGAGUAGGAGGGAACUCAUCUGUUAUCACCCCCGCAACAGAUGUUGCCCUUCUAUUCCUGGUCCCACAGAAAAAAAUUGUAAUAAAGAUGUUACAUCCAUAUAGCUAUGGUUUGUCAUAUAUUAGAACAAUGUCAUGUUAGAACCAUGAACUAAAGCUAUUGCAUUAUUCCACAUCUAUGGUUGUCAGUGUGGGAUUACUUACAACUGUGAGUUAGGAGCUAGAGGAUAUUUGUUAGGAGAUGGAAAUAACAACUGACUUUGUCUGCAAGUCACUGUUUGUAAAUGGACCAUCUCAGACGAAUUUGAUUAUAUGUGCGUGAAAUAACCUGUUUUCUAAGAAUUUGAUUAUAAGAGUAUGUGAUAACCAGUUUCUAAUAGCAUGUAUGUAAUCUAUAACAACGUCUUUGUUUGCAAGUCAGUGUUUGCAAAUAGCCUGUCUCAGAUGAGAGUCACUGUUUGUAAAUGAUCCGUGUCAGAAAAUUUUUGAUUAUACAGUCAAACUUCUUUACAACGAAACUCAGGGACAGCAAAAAAAAUUCGCAGUAAAGGUAUUUUCGUUAAAAAGGAUGUCCAUUAUUGGACCUAUAGGGCUCCAGCAGGACCGCAAAAAAAUUGCUGUAGUGGUAUUUUCAUUAAAAAGGUGUUCGCUAUAAAGGAGUUUGACUGUAUGUGUAUGAAAUAACCAGUUUCUAAUAGCAUGUAUGUAAUCAUCAACAAUGUCUUUGUUUGCAAGUCACUGUUUGUAAAUAGCCUAUCUCAGAUGAGAUUUUUUUUUAUUACCAAUGAUUCAUUAUAUAGUGUGCAAAUUAAGUUGACAAAUAAAGCUCUUUUCCUGCAAACUGAAAUUUUAUUGAAUGCUCAUAGUACAC